AUGCCUUCGCCGGAGAGGACCUCUCUUCCGCCAGCCGCAAAGCCGCGGUUCGGCAACACCUUUGAUCCGUACAACUCGAGUGCCACCGGCCAUCAACGUCCGGACAACACCCCGGGCGGGACGACAGGAUGGAGAGCCAGCCGCGCCCGCAAGCUCUCGGAGCAGUUUGCGGGCGGCCACGCUGGCGGUGCCCGCAUGAGUGACACGUACGGCGCCGGGAGCGAGGACUUUGACGAAAAGUUGAAGAUGGUGGUGCCCAAGGACGUCAAGGCGAGGGCGAAGAUGAGCGUGGCGGACAUGUUGGCGCGGCCGGGGCUGAUGAGGAGCGGCUCGUCCGUCUCCGAGACCGGCUCCACGACGUCUAGCAUAUCUGCUGUUGCGGGUGGAAACGUGAAGAGCGAGGAGGAGGUCAUGGAAGCCCGGCGGAAGGAGGACGAGGAAGCUGAGGCGAGGAGGACGGCUGGCAGGGGACUGUUCGAGGGCGUCACGGUUUACGUCAACGGGAGCACGCAUCCCAUCAUCUCGGACCACCGACUCAAGCGCGUCUUGGUCGAGAACGGUGCGCGCAUGUCUAUACACCUCGGGCGGAGGCAGGUCACGCAUGUCAUUGUCGGGAGGCCGGCAGGCGUAGGCGCCGGAGCCGGCGGAGGGCUUGCGGGUGGCAAACUUGAGAAGGAGAUUCGCAGGAUCAGCGGGUCUGCCGUCAAGGUUAUGGAGAGCCUCAAGGUGGGAAGCCGGUUGCCUGAAGCACGCUUUGCUCCCCUGAAAGUCGCGAGAGAGGGCCAACGAAGUGUCUAUGGGAUGUAUGGGAGGCAACCCCCCACGGGAUCUCCUAUUGGGCCAGCAAGUUGA